AUGCUGGUGAUUUGUAAGACUGCUAUUGUUCGAAUGUGUCGUCCCAAACCUGCUGAGAGUAUUUCCGCUUCUGGUUUAGCGACGGUAUUUUGUGGUGAAGCAGGCUUUCAGCUUUGGCUUUUGGCGGCCGACAUUGAUGUGAGAAGCAACCCAUUUGGGCGUGACACUUCCAAAGCAUGGAGACAUCGAGAUUCAUCCUUGAACUAUAAACCUUAA